UUUUGAGAUCGCGUGGAUUUUCUCAUUCUUUUCUUCGCCCUAAAGAAGCUCAGAAGAUCAUAUUGUAAAAUAUAAGAACAAUAAAAGAUAUUUUAAAAGAAAUUUUUUAUUAAAAAUGACUGAAUCAAUUAAAAAUAGAGAAAUAAGACGUGUGAAUGUAUCCUAGUGUCAGUCAUAACUCCUAGUGUCAAUCAAUUCGAAGUUGAGAUAGGUUAUGUUUGUGUUGUUUACACUUGAAUAGUUUUUUAUUUAUCCGAUUUAUAUGUGAGUUUCAUAUAAUUAUAUUCUAUUCGCCUACUUUACAAAAAUGUCAGCUAAAACACGAAAAAGUUUGAACUCAACACUUUGGGUAACUUGUGAUAGAUGCCACAUAACUUUAUCUCAAAAAGACACAAACUUGCAUUCAGAGGCUUGUUGUCAUUCCGAAGAAGAAGUGACUCACGAUUAUAUCAAAAAUAAUAUUCUGUACAGUUUUGUAGAAGUUUACUGCCCAAAAGAUUUGCCACCAAAUAUAGAAGAAAAAGAUACGCAUAAUAUGGUUUUUAUGUCUCAAUCAGCUUUAGAAUUGUGUCAAAUAGCAAUCGGAGAUUGGGUUAUUAUUAAGAAUAGAAAUUGCAUUUUUUCUAAAAUUGCUUGGGUGACUAAGUCUAACAGUUUGACAAGUGUCUGUUUGACGAAACAAACUAUAGAUUUUUACCAACUAAAAGAUCGGAUAACAGUUCAAAGAUUUACUCGAAAACCUACUACUGCCAAAGAAAUUGUAAUAGAAUAUAUUGGAAAAGAAUCAAGACCAAAAAUAGUUCCAGAAACUAGAGCUCAAAUAAAAACUCUCCAUAACCGUCAAGUUUUUUGUGUUGGAAAUCGCAUAAAGGUUCCAUUUUUUGGCAAGCAUUUAUUAUUCAAAAUCGUAGAUAUUAAUGGAGACCAGGAGAAAAAUUCACAUAAUACUGAAAACAAAGAGAAAAAUUUAAAUGAUACUCUUAAUGAUGAAUUGAUUGAACAACUUGAAAGCGUGCUGCAGAUUGAAGAUGUACCUAAAUUUUAUGAAGCAUUGGAUAGCACCAAAUGGACAAUAAUUGGUGAUGAAGAUGAAAUAAAGAUUCCAAAGCAAAAAUUAAUGACUACCCUUCGAGACAUUGGUGGUUAUCAACAUCUUCUGAACGAGUUGAAGGAUGUAUUUAAUAUUGUAUUAGGAAAAUACAAAAAAGUUUUAAAAGGUUUUAAAUUUAGUAAAGGAAUACUAAUUUAUGGACCAAUUGGAGUUGGUAAAUCAGCAAUAGCAAAUGCACUUAUAUCAGAAUAUGAUGUGAAUGUAUUUGUAAUAAAAGCAAGUGAUAUUUACAGUAAAUAUUUUGGAGAAGGAGAUAAAAAACUAAGUCAGUUAUUUACUGAAGCGAAAUCUUUUUCUCCGAGUGUAAUUCUUAUCGAAGAUAUCGAUAUAUUGUGCACAAAGAAAUCCAAUUCGGAGAAUGAAAAACGAUUGCUAGCAACAUUAAUUCAAGAAAUCGAUAAUUUACAAGAAAGUGAUAUCAACACUUUAUUGAUAACUACAAGUUCAAAACCAGACUUGGUUGAUGCUUCAUUACGUAGAGCUGGAAGGAUCGACAGAGAAUUCGAAAUUGGUGCGCCCACGCCAUCAAUGCGUCGAGAAAUAUUACAAAAACUUUUAUCUAAAUUACCGAAUUCUGUUACUAAUGAAGAGCUCGAUGAGAUAUCUUUUAUAACUCAUGGAUUUGUAGCGGCAGAUUUACGUUGCUUAUGCUCUCAAGCGGCAAUGCGAGCGAUAAAAAGACAUAAUAUGUCUGAUACUUCAGACUCAACAGACGUUUUUAUUUGUGGAAACGAUUUUACUACUGCUUUAACGGCCGUAAAACCAUCAGCAAUGAAAGAAGUCUUAGUAGAAGUGCCGAACGUUAAAUGGUCUGAAAUUGGUGGACAGAAAUCUUUAAAGUUAAAACUUAAACAAGCAGUAGAAUGGCCUUUGAAACAUCCAGAAGCAUUUUCAAGACUGGGAAUCACACCACCUAGGGGUGUUUUGAUGUUUGGUCCACCUGGAUGUUCUAAGACCAUGGUUGCCAGAGCUUUGGCAACAGAGAGCAAACUUAAUUUUAUAAAUAUCAAGGGACCAGAGCUAUUUUCAAAAUGGGUUGGAGAGUCUGAGAAAGCAGUAAGAGAAGUCUUCCGUAAAGCUAGACAAGUUGCACCUUCAAUCGUUUUUAUUGAUGAAAUUGAUGCUCUUGGAGGUGAAAGAGCUAGUGGAAAUACUGGUAAUACUAGUAAUAACGUUCAGGAACGAGUUUUGGCUCAAUUACUGACGGAGCUUGAUGGAGUGACAGCAUUAGGCAACGUCACACUUGUAGCCGCAACGAAUAGGCCUGAUAGAAUAGAUAAGGCUCUACUGAGGCCAGGCCGAUUAGAUCGAAUUGUUUAUGUACCAUUACCCGAUAAUCAAACACGAUUAGAAAUAUUUUUAAUUAAAUUCAACAAGAUGCCCAUAGCUGAUGAUGUUAAUGUACAAGAUUUAGUUGAACUUACCGAAGGAUAUUCAGGUGCGGAAAUACAAGCAAUAUGUCAUGAAGCAGCAAUGAAUGCUCUUGAGGACAAUUUAGAAGCUAAAAUAAUUACAAAAAAUAACUUUAAAGCUGCAUUAUCGAUUGUAUCUCCACGAACACCAGCAUCUCUUGUGAAAUUGUACGAGGAUUAUCAGAAUAAUAAAUGAUAAUUAAUAAUUAAUUUAAAAAAUUAAAAAAUGACUGUCAAAUAAAAGAAAUAUUUAUAAUUAA